CACCAACAGCGAUACAGACAAAAGCACAGACUCAUCCACACCGCCGACACCAUCAUUCUCACUCGCUAGUCCUUCGAUUGCUACGAUUCCUGUCUCUCGACCUAAUAAUAACUUAAUGGACGACUCUUCUCAUCCCCAUCCUUCUUCCCCUCCUCACCUGAUAGAACACCUAUUUGAGGGCGCUUUCGAUAGCGCAUCGCCACUCUUGCCAUUCAUAUCAUCCUCUGUAUCUACAGCAACUUCACCCGCUCUUUCCCUCAAUCCUCCCCAUCCGUUGUCGCCUGUGGGUUCCUUACCUGUCUCUUCUCCUUUAUUGUCGCGGGGUAAUGCUUCUCCUACAAAUCAAGAGGAAAAAUGCUCAACUAUAGCUACACCGGCGCUUUCCUCAAUUUCACAUUCUCCAUCAACAACAGCCCCAGCUCCCGUAAUAACUUCUAUCCCUCUUGAUCGUCAUCCUACUAUUGCUGUCACUCCAAAUCCCAAUGAAUUGACCAUCAAAAAUGCGAUCGCAAGCGGGCUUUUGUGUUCUCCAACGCGUGCAACACCUGGAAGAUUUAUUUCCAAAUCCCUUGCAUGCUCAGAAUUAGCGCCCAAUGCCGAGGUUAAGGAUGCCAAUGGUAGUACAAAUAGCGGCAGCAAUUCCUCUGGUGCAUACGCGUCUUCAUAUAGAUCCAGACGUGUAAGUGUGGAGCCUCUCUCAGUUAUCACUAAAGCUGAGGCAAUAUCUGGGGCUCCAACAUCCGGACCGCCUACAAGCACAGACACAGGGGCCAUUACGCCCUCAAGGGUCAGUACCACCCCAGGAACAUCCGUAACAGACGAACCAACUAAGGAGCUUCCCUCUAAAACACGCUUUAAAGAGAUAAUCAAGCGAAACGUAGGCUUCUCUUAUUCAUCACCGACAUCCAGCUCAUCAUCGCCAGCUUCUGCUGAAGCAAGCACAUCUACAUCAGCCACUACUUCUAGCUUGCUAACUAACUCGGUGUUCCCCAGUACCGCUCAUGCUUCAAGUGCAGCUGAUAGUGAUAUAGUAUCUCCCGAAGAUCCGCAAAAACAACAACAGCAACAAUAUAGUCAAGUAUCUUCGUUUUUUAAUGUACCUCGAUUGACAAGUGGCCGAAAAAAGGUUGUCAAGCCCGAUACACCAUCACCCGCGAUAGAUGAUUCAAAAUUGAUGGAGCAAAAGCAGCAGCAGUAUCAGGAAUCCAACAACGAAGAUAAUGAAUCCUUGCUGACAAUCAUGAGAUCCAACCCUCACAAACAUCCUUUCCGUAACUUUAUUCCUCAUUUGCAUCGGCAUCGGCAUUGGCAUCGUCACUACUCUCCCUUACAUCGUGGAUCCGACUACGAGCAAGUGGAAGAGAGGCUGAUAAGGGAGGAUGAGUCCAAGAAGAAGAAGAAAGAGAAGGAGAGGCAAAAAUAUCACCAGCAAGAGCAACCUGUUGUUUCGAAAAGUUUAACUCCUUCAAAGGCUUUGAUCGAGGCUCGAGAGCUGUUGAGUCAUGAUCCAAAUGUCCUUGUGACAGAGUUGGAACCUUUGCCGGUUGAUUUUGUUAAAGCAUUUACGGCCUUCAAGUUAUGGAAAGCUUCGUCAUCAUUGGUCCCGAUAGUGCCGACAACGGCUAUAUCUUCAAGCUCGGUUCUAUCAGGUUCCACUUCAGCAGUGACGAAGCAGUCAACUCGGCCUAUUCUUCAAUAUCAACUUCCAAUGAUAGCUAACAAAGUUCCAUCUCUAGCCUUGGCCUCCACAAUCCCUUCCUCGGGCUCAGAGUCAAUGCUUUCAACACAAGGAACCUCUCCUACGCUCUCUGCAACGACGCCAGUAAUCGCACCUUCAUUGGCACAUUCUAGACUCCCCCGAUCCAUUUCUGAAAUUGGUAGUGCCAGUGACUUACUUGGUUCUGUCACCGCAGCUGCUGGGGGACCCUUGGCGCCUCGGAAUUUCUUAUUUAAAUCUUACCAAGACUCUAGAUUCCAAGGCCACUAUGUCUUUCGAGUAUUGGACGACACCGUGGAAUACGCGAAAUUGCCUGUUUCGUUGGAGCAGGCCUGUUCACAAUACUUCCGUGAAGCUGAUGUGAACUAUCGAGCGUUGGAAAGCAAGGCCAAAGUUUGGAGAGAGGCAAAAAAAACCGCUAUGGUGAAACGGGAGGAAGAGUUCGUGGAAGCCAGGAAAAUUGUUGCGUCUUUGACUACUACCGCGGCUAUAUCUGCAGCUGCUCAACGCAUUAUUAACUUUCGUAACGAUAGUAUCAGCAGCUGCGAGGAAAGUUCAGAUGAGGAAAUGGUUGAACCUACCAGCACACACGAUGUUUUUGAUAACACGGAGGAGGGCAAGGACAAGGGUAAUGAAGGACUUUUCUCAAAGACGACAAGAAAACCGAAAGCUUUGUUAGCUCAUAACUCAAGCCCCAUGGACGGCGCAAGCUGUAAUGGCAAUAGUAGCAGCAAUAUCGCCACAUCUCUUAAAAAUGGUAUAGAUGGCACUGAUGGAAAUGGGGAAUCUAUGGUUCAAUACGGUAUUAAUAUUAUGGAUGGUGGGCAAAAAGCAUACAAGCGCGGUAGCACAGGACUCUCAGGCGCCACUCAUGUAUUACCCAAUCGCAACUCCAGGCCAAAUACCGAUCAUCCAAGCAGUAGAUUGGCCUGUGUGGCCGGAAGAUCACCGUCGAGCACGGCCUCUCAUCCUAAUUCUAGCGCUGCUACUCAGUCAGCAAGUGAGCAAGAUGUACAACAGGCGUCACAUUUACAGAGUGUUAUUAUUAAUGAAGAGCAGCAACUGGAAGAGCAGCAACGCGAGAUCGAUGAUACAUACUGGCAAGGCGUAGAACGCAACCAUUGUGAAGAAGCAAAGCAGCAACUCUAUGGGCUGGAAGCCUACCUGUUAGAGUUAGUCAAGUGGGUGGAAUACGAGCCAUUCGAUCAAGCAAUCAAUGUCGAGAUUCUGAACAAAAGCCCGGACACGACUCUUUUUUCAAUUGUGAAUGGGGAUAAGACCAACAUCAUGCGGCUGGAAUCACCGUCUAUCAAGCAAAAGGAAGAGUUCCUGAACUGGAUCAGUAUCUGCAUUAUGGAUCAUGAUGGUGACGGCGAUUAUGAUAGAGAUAUGGGUCUCGUCCUUGAUAUUACGAAUGUUCGAAUAUCACUAUUGGAAGCGGCCUUGCGAGCCAGGCGAGAAGAAACCAAAAAAAUUGUGGACGAGAUCACUUAUGUGUUAAAGAAGCUUGAGGAUCUAGAUCAGGACUCUAAGGAACUCGCUGCAAAUGUAGUGCGAGCGCUUGACAGAGGAGAAAUUCGAGCAGCGUUACAGCCAUCCUUCAUUAAUGGUCAAAUCCUCGCAGAUACAGUCAAGUUCAAGGUUCAGGACGUUAGCGAACGCAUUAUUGUUUGUGCUCGCAUCAAAGAAGCUGCGCGACUCAACUUGAAUCGAUUAAAAUACGAAGUUGAACUUGAGCAACGAUCGAUUCGUCUGUUCCGUAAAUACAAGAUUGCCCUCACGAUGGCCAUCCUUACCAUCCUUGGUCUUCUUUGGUUACUCUACUAUCGCCACGCUAACCCUACCUCUCCGCUUCUACAGCCCCAAAGCAUUACGCCGACAUUCAAUCAACCAAAUGCUCCUCUUCAGUCAUUCCCGACUUGCCCAGCCAAUCCUCUGAGACAGGAAAAAUGUCCUCUAUUCCAACAAUAA